UUGUUCACGCACUCGGACGACAGCACGAGUCCUCGGUCUUCGCGCGGGUUCUACGCUCCGGAGAACGGGGGACAGAGUCUCUAUGCCAGCCGGGUCGUGUCUUGUGUGGUACACACUUGUGCGAUGGAUACUCACGUGGCGCGGAUGAUCCAUCGCGGAUCCUCCGAGCUGCCCGGGCUGAAUAGUCCUGAUGGUCAUCCUCUGGAGAACUGCGUGUGCUCGAGCUUCCAGUGUCUGUUUCCCGUCAGCGAUGUGGACUCGAUCGAUGAUGGCCGGGUCGCGACGUGCUUAACAAUGUCUGCUCUGGCUUUGCCCUCUGCCCCUCCGCGUCUCUGCACUACGCGAUGAUCUGAUCUCUUUUCGGAUCGACACGCACGCGGGCCUAGAGUUUAAACGAUCGCUCAAUGGUACAAAUGAAACUGCCAGAGUACAACGUUCUCGAGGCUAGACAGGUGAAGAUACUCAAACAGAUCUACGAACUCAAACAGCAAGUGGAAUGCCUGUGCGUAGCUGUCAGGCUGUCCGAUGUCAACAAUCCUGCCGAAGUACUCAACAAGUUGAAUUUGGAUAUAACUGCUGAUGAGGCACCGAUUCGAGCUGAAAUCAUUGUGUCCGCUAAUCCAAACAGUCCUCCGUACUCCAUUCUAGCCCUCCAGCGACUCUGGAAAGAUACCAAGUUCAAUGUAGAGGUUCAUCGACACUCCACGGUGUCUGAUGCAACAACCCAAGCUUUUGAAGAAAAGUUACUUAGCGAUGCUUCCAAAGAUGCUGUGCACAGCAUUGAUGUAACACUCAUUUGGAAAGAUGUCAGUGAUGUUCAGCUGGUUACCAAAGUCUAUGACUAUCCACUGGAGGGUGAAGCAAACGUUCUGCGCUACCUGACGAGGCUAAUUGAAAAUUACAACUACGAAAAAUCACCAUCUGUAGUACACACAAUUGACAGCAUAUUAGAUUUGUGCCUCCGGCUCUCUUACGAAGAAGCGAGAAACGUAAAUGCAAUCACUUCGAAAAUAGCCAGUUAUUUGGAUAAGAAGACGUGGCUUUUGGACGGUUCGAAUGCUUCUAUCGCCGACGUAGCUGCGUGGUCCGUUUUAAAACGCGUAGCAAGUAACAGAGUACCUCGCGAACUGAAGAAUUGGUAUGAUGUGUGCGAGAAAACGUUUUUAUCCGUUUGAAUUAUUUGAGUAUGCUUUAUAUAAAUUUUAAAUAAAACCUUAAUUUUUAUCAUUUA